AUGAAUAUAGAUCCACCAAUAGAUGAUCCCACUGCUUUGAGAGGGUCACAAAGAGUGUUCAAAACUCAGUUGGUUAUAUGUUUAUGGGUUGGUAUUUCAUCAUUCAUUCUAUUCUGUAUCUUGAGAUACAGAUGGCCUCAUAUCUACGCUGUACGAACCUUGCGGAAGAGAACUGAAGCGAUAAAACCGUUGCCAAACAAAAUAUUUGGAUGGGUUGUUAAUGUUUAUCGAAUUACGGAUGAAGAGGUGUUGCAGUUUUCAGGUUUGGAUGCAUUUGUAUUCCUAGCCUUCUUUAAGAUGGGGAUUCGAAUCUUUUCGUUACUUGCGGUAUUGGCGAUAUUUGUGUUGAGUCCUAUCAGGUACUAUUAUACGGGUAAUUACGAUAAGGAUAAUAUUGUGUGGUCUGUAGCAAGAUCGUUUAUUACUUUCAAUUAUGAUAAUCCUACGCCGCCUGAUCUAAAUGAUGAUUUCCCAAAUUACCUUUGGGUUUAUCCGAUAUUCACGUAUAUUUUUUCAAUCAUUGUUUACGUUACUAUAUAUGAGUACACUGAUAAGGUGUUGAAGACCAGACAAAAGUAUUUAGCCUCUCAAAAUUCGAUAGUGGAUAGAACUAUCAGGCUAGAUGGGAUCCCUAAAAAAUUACUAAGGAAUAAUAAUCCUUCGAUUUUGAAGAACUUUAUUGAAGAUUUGGGAAUUGGAAAAGUUACGGAUGUAAAAUUAAUCUAUGAUUGGACUGACCUUGAGGUUCUUUUUGAAAAACGGAAAGUUUUACUCGAUAAAUUAGAAAACUUAUAUGCAUCAGUUUACGGAUUAUCAAUCGACAUAUAUACCCAGAAAAAAACACCAUCCGUGUUGCCUAAAAAUGCAAUCGAUUCGGUUAUUGAUUCACCAAGGGGAAUAAGUAUGAAAGAAAAAAUCGACAAGCUCUCGAGUACUAUAAUUAAUCUUGAUAAAGAAAUUAAAGCAAUUCAAGGAAAAUUUGAUCCCAUAACUUCUACCAUUGAAUUACAAAACUCCAGCUUUAAGCAAAUAUCAAGUGCUUUCAUAACAAUGGAUUCGGUUGCUUCCGCGCAGAUGGCUGCGCAAACAGUUUUGGAUCCAAGAGUCCAUAAGUUAAUUGUUAAAUUAGCCCCGGCUCCAAAAGAUAUUAGGUGGAAAAAUUUUAGACUAACCCGUUAUGAGAAAUUAUUAAAAUCGUAUGUGAUUACCUUUAUAGUCAUGUUGAGUUGUGUGAUCUUGCUUUUUCCUGUUUCGUCUUUGGCAGCAUUAAUUAAUGUUAAAACGAUUACCAAACUUUGGCCGGCAUUAGGGAAAUUUAUUGCGAAGUCAAAGUGGUUAACAACAUUCGUGACUGGUAUUUUACCACCUUUAUUAUUCUCGUUAUUGAAUAUUCUGCUUCCUUAUUUUUAUAGAUUCUUGUCACAAUAUCAAGGUUAUUCAUCAAAUAGUGAUAUUGAAUUGUCCACUUUACUGAAGAAUUUUUUCUAUUUGUUUGUUAAUUUAUUUUUGGUUUUUACGUUUGCGGGAACAUUCUCUAACUACUGGUCAUUUCUAAGUGAUACAACAAAAAUAGCCUAUCAAUUGGCCAGUUCAUUGAAAAGUUUGUCGUUGUUCUAUGUUGAUUUGAUCCUAUUACAAGGUUUAGCCAUGUUUCCAGUUAGAUUAUUACAAAUUGGUGAUGUCGUAAUUUUAAAUGUCAUUGGCAAAAUAUUCUUGUUGAAAAAUAUUAUUCUUAAGACACCACGGGAUUAUAGAUUUUACUAUUAUACACCACCUAUGUUUGACUUUGGGUUACAGGUGCCUCAGCAUAUUUUGAUAUUCAUUAUAAUUUUGAUCUAUUCCGUUGUUUCUACUAAGAUUGUUACUAGCGGUUUAAUCUACUUUAUUCUAGGGUAUUUGGUCUAUAAGUAUCAAUUGAUUUAUACCUGUGUUCAUCCCCAACACUCUACUGGUAAAGUUUGGACGAUGAUAUUCAGGAGAUUGAUGCUAGGUUUAGUAUUAUUCCAAUUAUUCAUGUGCGGCACUUUGGCAUUGGAAGGAGCUAUAUUAUUAGCAUUGUUGAGCUCUCCAUUGGUUUUCGUUACAUUGGUGAUUACUUGGAAUUUCGAGAUGCACUAUCUACCACUUAAUAAGUUUAUUGCAUUAAGGGCAAUCCAAAACCCUUAUGAUUUUGAUAAAGAGUUUGACGAUGACAGGCUGGAAAUAUCAGAUUCGAAUAACCAAAAUCAAACUGAGGAGGCUGGGGAAGCGGACGAAACAUCACUUUUAAUCCAAGGCAGACAUUCAGUGAAUAAUUUUCAUGAAUUACGAAGGAGGAGAUCAACAAUUGAUGAAGAAAGAGAACAAUACACGGAUUAUACCUAUCCGCAUCUAAUUGAUCCAUUAUACGGGCCAUGGGUAGGCUUUGAAGGUGAUUAUAUUUCAAUGGUAGAGUAUAAUAAAAAUUUCAAUGAUGUCAACAAUCUAGAAAAUGGCGACAUAAGUAUAAUUUCGACUACUGAAAGGGAAAUUGUCUUGAAAAAAAAGUUGAGAGUUUCUGAAUGGGAAUAA